AUGGGUGAUGGGGAACGCACACUUCAUGAGGGGCUGCAAGAACUUCAUGCGCGGAAGCUCCAUGGUGGUGUCCUGUGGUUGCUCGCACGCCGCGCCAGCCCGACUCCGCAGCCUGAGCAGAAGCUGCUCAAGGCCGCAACCACCGUGGCCUGUACGGCGUCAACGUGUGUGAUGCUAAAGUCAGCGGGCGGCAAUGUCGUCGGUGACGAGGACGGGGAGGAUCGAGUGAGUUCAGUGUUGCAAACAGGAUGUGCCUCUGGGACGCCGCGGCAAGGGAGCAUCUUCCUUCCCUUUUUGGUGUGCUCUUUUCUACGAGAUGGUUCAGCAAGUACAUUGCGUGCUUUGUGA